CUUGACCUCAACGUGCUUUCGCCAAAUGCCUAAAAUACGUACUAAUCGAACAAAGAAGCCCCCAGAGGGCUUUGAGGAGAUAGAAAGUAUUCUGGAUGACUACUCUAAGAAGAUGCGAGAUGCCGAGAAUGAGAGCCACGAGGGAAAGCGCAAAGCCGAGUCCCUCUGGCCUAUUAUGCGUAUAUCACAUACGAGGUCAAGGUAUAUCUAUGAGUUGUAUUACAAGCGCGAGGCGAUAUCCAAGGGACUUUAUGACUGGCUGUUAAAGGAGGGAUACGCUGAUGCAAAUCUCAUUGCGAAAUGGAAGAAGCCUGGGUACGAGAAACUCUGCUGCGUACGGUGUAUCCAAACGAGAGAUAUGAACUUCCAGGGUUCUACAUGCAUCUGUCGCGUUCCUAAGGCUCAAGUGAAGAAGGGAACGAUCGUCCAAUGCGUUCAUUGCGGCUGUCGUGGGUGUAGCUCUGACUCGUGAACAAAAUUCCCCGCGUAUUUUGAACCGAACAUCUGCGAUACCUCCAACCCCCACCCACACUUCUGUACACCAAAUACCUUGUGUUGUUUAUUGCCCAACUUGACAUUCAGAGAGGCGAGGGAGAGAUGCUCUUUUGGAGAGUUUGUGUGUUCGCAUUUCCUCACAGGGACAAUCAUUUCGCAGUAGUCUUUGGAUCGCAUUGACGCCCGUCGGGUUCUACCAGCUCUUAUUCUGCGCAAGCUUGUUCUCCAAGAGAGUCUUUUCGAGGCAUCAUAGUUCGUAACCUGGUGUAACUACCGCCUAGAGCCCAGCCCUCCGAGCUUGGAGGAAACAUUGAUGACCACUAAUCACCAAAUGUAUGCGUAAGUGUUAUUACGUAAUGUUAUUCAAUGGGGGGGGUCAUUACCAGCGGGGCUAACCGAAUAUGUGCU